GUAGUCUUGGUGACGGAGAGCUCUUUAGACCUCACGUCACCUGCCGUGUUCUAAAUCCUAAAACAAUAUCGUCUAAGAUGCUUUUUUUUGACUGCAUGUUUUUCCAAGAGCGGUGGCAGCCUACAUAACUGGAAAAUGCACCAUCAUCAGAGCUACGCAUUCGUGUCUUGGCCUGUGAAUUUAAUUCAACGAGGAAAUGCUGUGAUGUCGACGUGAGGUUGCCCACGACGAACUUGGAAAUCCCAGCAGGGGAAUUGUGUUUUAAUGGUACUUUAAAUGUACAAUGAAGUACAUGUAAAUCUCCAUCACUACGGCAAGAAUAUUGGUCCAUAAAGCUACGUGUCAGGUUUUCCUUCUGGAUGAAUGGAUGAUCGCCCCAGACAAGAAGCAGAAUUGAUUGGGUACCUUUGCAUAAAUCCUCUUCACCUUAAAGAUAAAUACUGCCAGAUUAGCUGUAGCCAUGCACAGCCCUGCUCCUGAAAUUGUGGCUGGCUAUCCAAGUGGAUGCCUGGCAGAUAAGGAUGUAAACCCAGAGACAACUUUGGGGAGCGCCUACUCUCCAGUGGACUACAUGAGUAUCACCAGCUUCCCAAGGCUGCCAGAAGAUGAUAUGCAGUCUGGGGAAAACACCCUGAAAUCUCGCAAAGAUGAUGACAACGUCCUGAGUGAGCAAGAUACAGACCCAGAUCUGUUCCUAAAGUCAGCUCGCCUCCAGCGUCUGCCCUCAUCAGCUUCGGAUCUGGCUAGCCAUGAUAUGGCAUCCCUGCGGGAGACCACAAGAGACCCCUUUACAGAGGACUGUGCCUGCCAGCGAGAUGGACUGACUGUUAUCAUCACGGCAUGUCUUACUUUUGCUACUGGAGUCACAGUAGCUCUCAUCAUGCAAAUCUACUUUGGAGACCCACAGGUCUUUAACCAAGGGGCAGUGGUAACAGAUGUGGCACAGUGUACAUCCCUCGGCUUUGAUGUUCUUGGUAAACAGGGUUCCAGUGUUGACGCUGCGGUCACCGCUGCCCUCUGCUUAGGAAUUGUCCACCCUCACACCUCUGGUAUUGGAGGCGGUGGAGUUAUGUUGGUGCAUGACAUCCGUAAAAAUGAGACGAGGGUCAUCGACUUCAGAGAGACAGCGCCAGCUGCAAUACAUGAGGAGAUGCUGCAGAGGAACCUGGAUCUUAAUCCGGGCCUGCUAGUGGGAGUACCAGGCAUGCUCAGUGGGCUGCAUCAAGCACAUCAGCUCUAUGGCAGGAUGCCAUGGAAAGAUGUUGUCAUCAUGGCAGCAGAUGUUGCCAGAAAUGGAUUUAAUGUGACUCACGAUCUUGCUGAAGCUUUGGCGAAAGUGAGGGAUCAAAACAUGUCAGACGCAUUUCAGGACUUGUUCCUCCCAAAUGGCCAGGCUCCCUUACCUGGGCUGUUCUCCAGACGCCUUGAUUUGGCAGCCAUCUUGGAUGCUGUUGCAGUCAAGGGGAUAUCUGAGUUAUACAGUGGGAAUCUGACGCAGGACAUUACAGCAACAGUGCAAGCAAGAGGCGGUGUGCUCACUGAGGAUGACUUUGGAAACUACAGCACAGUUUUACAGCAGCCUGCAGAGAUCACCUAUCAAGGACACCAUGUGAUGACGGCCCCAGCUCCACAUGCAGGUGUUGCUCUGAUCACUGCUCUCAACAUCCUGGAAGGCUACAACAUAACCAGCCAGACAUCCAGGGACAGCACCCACCACUGGAUAGCAGAGGCUGUAAAGAUAGCUCUCGCCUUGGCUAGUGGACUGGGAGACCCCACGUAUGACACAUCUGUCUCUGAAAUUGUCACGAAGAUGAUGAGUAAAUCACAAGCUCACCAGUUCCGCCAAAUGAUAAGUGACUCUCAGGCCUUUUCUGCUGACCACUACACUCCAUCAUUUACCUUGGAGAAGGGUGCAACAGCUGCACAGGUCAUCGUCAUGGGCCCAGACGACCACAUUGUGUCAGUCAUGAGCUCUCUUAACAAACCAUUUGGCAGUGGGAUAGUGACCCCCUCAGGAAUCCUCUUGAAUAGCCAGAUCUUGGACUUCUCUUGGCCCAAUAAAACACAAAGCUCAUCACCUAACCCACGCAACAACUUGCAGCCUGGGAAGAGGCCCAUGUCCUUCUUGAUGCCCACAGCAGUGAGGCCUGCUGUGGGGUUGUGUGGCACAUACGUAGCUGUUGGAUCUUCUGAUGGAGAGAAAGCUCUCAGUGGAAUCACACAGGUGCUUAUGAAUGUUCUGUCCUCUCGGAAAAAUAUGAGCGACAGCUUAACAUUUGGGAGACUCCACCCGCAGCUACAGCCUGACACCCUUCUGGUAGACUCUGAGUUCUCAGAUGAAGAUGUCGAGCUGCUGCAGACCAAAGGACACAAGGUUGAGAGGGUAGAGGUUCUCUCAUUGGUUGAAGGCACUCGCAGAACCAAUGACUUAAUCAUUGGAGUGAAGGACCCUCGAAGUGCUGAUGCCUCUGCGCUCAAUAUGUCCAACCCACCCUAGUGUUUCCCCAGUCCCCACGCUACUUAGACAUUAUGAAGAUGUAGUAGGUUAAUCUAUAGGAUUGGUGGAUAGUGAGGGUGUAGGAAGCUGCACUUCAACUAAGGCACUACCAUAAGCUAAAGAAGUAUGGUUAUUUGACUGUCACUGAGCUUUUUUGAUAUGGAUCCUCAUUUUUUUAUUUGUUAAAACACAGAAACAUACAGAGGAUUACCCUCUAACAUCCAAUGCUGGUAUGCCUUCACUCACAGCCUAAAAGACAUUCAGUGCCCAUUUAGAUAGUGUAGAUAUCAAUCCCUUAAUGGCCUAUAAUACAGAGGGAAGGGCACAGAGAUGUUAAGUAUGUUUAUAAUUUUGUGUCAGAUGAAUUCCAGCUUCACCAAGAGACUUUAAUUAAUUAGUGUUUUAGAGUGUAUUCUUUUGGUUGUGACAGAGAGAUGGAAAGUGAAAUGGCUAUUUAAGCUAUUUUACAACACAGAGUGCUUGCAAGUUUCUGGCCUGUGAGGCACUGAAUAGAUGCUGAGCUCUAAAUACCUUAUUAAUGUGGGAUCAGGGAUUGUGUCUUGGAAUGGCAUUAAUGAAAAAUUAUAUCUUGCAUAUAAAUGGGCAUACAUGAAGGAACUAAUCAUGGCGCACCAGGAAAUCACCAUUUGCAACACAUGUAUGGACCUGAGUGUAUUUGUCCUUUCUCUUUGGAAUUGUUCAAACUUGUGAGAAAGCCUUGCACUGUCACACCUCAACUACACUAUUUAAAACAGAACUCAGAGGCUAAGCCAUUUACCCUCCUGCUCUUUUAAUGGUGUGUAACUGUGUUUAGGUGUUAAGUGAAGUCUGCAAUUUUAACUGUUGCAAAUGAUCAAAGGCUCUUUAGGACCAUGUCUAGACUAACGCAAAGUAAAUCAUACAGAAAACAGUAAUUCCCACGUCUCAGUAGAAUCCCGUAAGCAAGAGAAUUAGUUGAAAAACUGUUUUUAUUAUCUACUUGAGUAAAAAAUUGGAGAAAUGCUAUCUCUUACAUCAUUUGUUGUCACUUAAAGCUUGUGACUUGCUUUUUUGUACAGACCAGGGAAUUUUUUGUUUACAUCUGGAAUGGUCAGAUUCUUUACAGAUAGAUUGAAUGUAAUCUGUCAAUUUUUGUAUAAUAUUUGUUGGGCUGUAUGCAUUUUUUCAACCGUUGUAACAACAUGCAUUCUAUAAGCACAUUGGAGGCAAGGCUUUUAUGUUUAUUUUUGUGUAUUUGUUUAAUUAUUUCGAUUUGCAUAUUUGAAGUUCAAACCAUCAACCUACUUUGAUGCCGUUAAGCAACUAAUUUAAUGAUGUCCAGUGCUGAUUGAUCAAGCAUGUUUUUAACUUUAUUGUCUCUGUUGGGCACUCGUGCAAUAUGACUGUUGAUGCUUGUUUCCUGUACAAUAGAGUACAAGCCUUAAGGCACACAUUUGCACAACACUUGAUGUUUGAUUUUAUGUGCAUUUGUUUGACUUUAGUUUAAAUAAAUGCCAUCCAAACCAAUGAAUUAAAAUGUCUGCACACAUCCUCA